AUGGUGCUGUCAAGUGCUGUGGGCACCCCCCGGCUCACAGCGACAGUCAGUGGCAUGCUGGAUGCCCCAGGGGCAGCGGCGUUUCCCCCCAGCGCCGGGCAUGGAGGCAGCAACAGCAGCAGUAGCAAUGGAAUGCCGCUAUUCAAGUCUGUUCUGCCGCUUGAGGCAUCUAUAUCGGACAUCGUGCACAGAGUCGUUAAAGAGGUGCUGCAGCCCAUUCUGGUUCCUUCUCAGCAGCCCUCUCCACCCUCCCCCUUUACCUUUACUCACUUAGAUCAGUUGCAACAGAUGCUACACCAGCGCAACCCCAACAGCAACACCGGUAGUAGCAACUCCACGGGGACUUCGAGUCGUCGAGCUGCUGGUGGAGUUGCGGCGGCGACUGCAGCCUGCCGCAGCGGUGGUGCAGCAGCUGGAGUUGCUGCAGCUGCUGCCACUGCAGCAAGCCGACCUGACUGUGCAACAGCGGAGAGCUUGCUUUUCCCUUCUUUACAGCCGCCGAAGUUGAUAGACAGCCGGUCACUGCUGGUGCUGGUCCCUCACGAUGGGCGAUUGCUAGGGCAAGAGGCCCUUGAGGAGCUCUCGAUGGCUGUAGCUGCCGCGCUUAACACUGUACAGCUCAUGACUCCCGAGGAGCGAACCAGGUGCAGCACGCUGCCUCCAGACAGGAGUUACGAAACAAACUACAGAGAGUGGAGAGAUUUCUUACUGCGGAAACAGCCAACAGGAGCCUCGUUGAGCUGCGUAUUUGGCCGGGGGAUGCUGCGUUCCCUGCUGCUCUGUUGCUGUGCCUCCCUUCUGCGAGAUAUUUCAGCUGGCCCUUUAGGCUUCUGCUGCGCUGCGGUUUUCCACCGACUGUGCGAUGAGGCCAGCCUCAGCCCUGCUGCGAGGUGUGCAGCUCUUCAGUCUGUCACGACACACGACGCCACCCUGGAGUCGUUCCUGGUGUCUGAGUCGGGUCUCGGGUUUUUGAGCCGAGACUUCGGCUCUGCUAGGGAGGAGCAAUCUGGUCUCAUUUCUUUUGCAUGUCUGACGAACGACCGCCAGCCGCUUCACUCAAUGGCGCUUGUCGCUGCGAAAAACAUAUUCUCACGGCAGCUUCCGAAGAUGCCCAGAGAAUAUAUUGUGCGCCUUGUGUUUGACCGGAGCCACUACACGUUCUGCCUCAUCAAGCAGCAGCAAAUAAUAGGAGGGUGCUGCUUCAGGCCAUAUUUUAAGCAGAAGUUUGCUGAAGUGGCAUUCUUGGCGGUUACAUCUUCUGAACAAGUCAAGGGCUAUGGCACCCGCCUAAUGAACCACCUUAAAGAGCACGUCAAGAAGAGCGGCAUUGAAUAUUUUUUGACUUAUGCUGACAACUUUGCUGUUGGGUACUUCCGAAAGCAAGGAUUCACACAGAAGAUAUCUAUGCCGAAGGAGAGGUGGUUUGGCUUUAUUAAGGACUACGAGGGAGGGACCCUUAUGGAAUGUCGUAUUUCCCCUAAAGUUGAUUAUUUACGUCUGUAUGAGAUGCUAAACGACCAACAGGAAGCCGUACAGAAAGCUAUUAUGCGCCUUAAGCCUCCCCGCGUGUUCCCCGGGCUGACGUGCUGGCAGAAAGAGCCCAAUCUUGUUUUGCACCCUUCUCAAGUACCUGGGGUUGUGGAAUACGGCUGGACCCCUCAAGCUACAGCUGAUGCGGGUAGCGACGGCGCGGCGGCCGCUCGGCCGCUGCACGAGCAGAUUGUCCACGUGCUCGACAUUCUUUCUCGCCACCACAGUGCAUGGCCUUUCCAAAAACCCGUGGCAAAGGACGAGGCCCCUGACUACUACGAGAUCAUCACCCAGCCUACAGAUAUCUCAACAAUGAAGAAGAAGGCAAAGAAGAAACAGUUUCCUUCUAAGGCUGCGUUUCUUUCGGAGCUACGGCGAAUGUUCGCGAACUGCCGGCGCUACAACGGGCCCUCCACCAUAUACUACAAAUAUGCAAACGAGUUAGAAAAGUUUAUUUGGCCCAAGGCAUUGCAAAUCCAAGACACACAGGAGCCCGCCAGUGUUGCAGAAGUCGUGCGGUAA